AUGAGCAAGGGACUGAAUGCUGCUCUUCUUCCAUUCUUCAAGGUGGGGGACCGGGUGAUGGUGUUGAGCCGGUCAGGCAUGUGGCAGGAGGAGGUGACCGUGCCCUCAGCCCAGACCUUCCAGAUGCCUGAGGCCAUGACCUUUGAGGAAGCCGCUGCCUUGCUGGUCAAUUACAUCACAGCCUACAUGGUCCUCUUUGACUUCGGCAACCUACGGCCUGGCCACAGCGUCUUGGUACACAUGGCUGCAGGGGGUGUGGGUAUGGCCGCCGUGCAGCUGUGUCGCACAGUGGAGAAUGUGACGGUGUUCGGAACGGCUUCGGCCAGCAAGCACGAGGUGCUGAAGGAGAACGGGGUCACACACCCCAUCGACUACCAUACGACUGACUAUGUGGAUGAGAUCAAGAAGGUCUCCCCCAAAGGAGUGGAUAUCGUCAUGGACCCUCUGGGUGGGUCAGAUACUGCCAAGGGCUACAACCUCCUCAAACCCAUGGGCAAAGUGGUCAUCUAUGGAAUGGCCAACCUGCUGACGGGCCCCAAGCGGAACCUGAUGGCCCUGGCGCGCACAUGGUGGAACCAGUUCAGUGUGACUGCGCUGCAGCUGCUGCCGACCAACCGCGCUGUGUGUGGCUUCCACUUGGGCUACCUGGAGGGUGAGGUGGGGCUAGUCAGUGGUGUGGUGGCCCGCCUCCUGGCUCUGUACAACCAGGGCCGCAUCAAACCCCACAUUGACUCCGUGUGGCCCUUUGAGAAGGUGGCGGAUGCCAUGAGGCAGAUGCAGGAGAAGAAGAAUGUGGGCAAAGUCCUCCUGGUGCCUGGACCAGAGAAGGAGAACUAG